GCGCGGGGGGCGCGGGAGCGACGCCCCCCGUGAUCGCCGUCGGAUCCCCGCGGGGAUGGACACGUCGGAGCCGGGCAGCGCGGCCGAGGAGGAUGAGGAGAAGGCGCCCGAGCCGCGGCCCCGGACCCGCUCGAACCCCGAGGGCGCCGAGGACCGGGCGCUGAGCGCCCAGGCCAGCGUGGGCAACCGCAGCGAGGGCGAGGGCGAGGCCGCCAGCGCCGACCACAGCCCGCAGGGCACCGCCGGCCCCGACGGCACCGCCUGGCCCGGCCCCGCCGCGCCCACCGAGGUGCAGGUGAAGACCCCCCGCGUGAACUGCCCCGAGAAGGUGAUCAUCUGCCUGGACCUGGCCGAGGAGAUGGCAGUGCCCAAACUGGAGUCCUUCAACGGGUCCAAGACCAACGCGCUGAACAUCUCCCAGAAGAUGAUCGAGAUGUUCGUGAGGACCAAGCACAAGAUCGACAAGUGCCACGAGUUCGCGCUGGUGGUGGUGAACAACGACGCCACGUGGCUCUCGGGGUUCACCUCGGACCCCCGCGAGGUUUGCAGCUGCCUCUACGACCUGGAGACCGUCGUCUGCAAGUCCUUCAAUCUGGAAGGACUCUUCAACCUGAUCCAGCAGAAGAUCGAGCUGCCGGUGACAGAGAACGUGCAGACCAUCCCCCCGCCCUACGUGGUCCGGACCAUCCUGGUGUUCGGGCGCCCCGGGUGCCAGCCCCAGUUCUCCAUGUCCGAGCACAUGAAGAAGAUGCUGCAGUGCCCCUACUUCUUCUUCGACGUGGUUUACAUCCACAACGGCCUGGAGGAGAAGGAGGAGGAGACGAGCUGGAAGGAGAUGUACGGCUUCUUCAGCAGCCUGGACACCAAGGGCACCAACUACAAGUACGAGGUGCCGCUGACGGGGCCGGCGGUGGAGCUGCACAACUGCAUGGCCAAGCUGCUGGCACACCCCCUGCAGCGCCCCUUCCAGAGCCACGCGGCCUACGGGCUGCUCGAGGAGGACGAGCCCCCCGAGGUCGAGGCCACCGUCUGAGCCCCCCGGGGGGGAGGGUGGGGGUGGCUGGGGAGGGGGUGUCGUGGCGGCUCCUGCGGGGGUUUUGUUGGGACGGGGAAAGAGAGGUGUUGGCCUGA